GGAAAAAUGAAGUGGAUCUAUACAAACUCUUCAUUCUAUCAGAGAUUAAUAACCCGCGGUCCGUAGUUGUCCUCCAUUUCUGUCAUUCCGUUAACGCGUUUUAAGUUGAAGAGAGUUUUUUUUGUUAUUGUGCCCCAAAGCAAAGGGUGUAGCAGCAGGAGUUUCGAGGGAUAACUAAAAGUUUACUUGUGAUCAGAAGGAAGAAAAGAAGAAAAAGCAGCACAUCUUCAAGGUUGUGUGGAUGUGACAGCAGACUUUAACGACCUGUGUGCCGUGUACCAAAAUCCCAUCGCCCUGCGUUAUCAUCGUAUCUAGAAAAAAAAAUUUUUACAUCUAACACAUCUUGAUUAGAGUCUCAGAAUUUUUGGGAAAAUUUUUCUCACACUAUAACCACUACUUUGCUCACCUGCUUGCUCUUUCUGUUAUUAGAGUCAACAAAAUACCUGCCUAGCAAAUUCCCUCCUUAACAAAAAAAGAGCUAAAUGUACAGUUUGUUGUUAACUAAUAAUUAGUGUGAGAGUAAACUUAGCGGUAGAUAAGAGAAAAUAACAAAGAGACGCUAAAAUGAGCAAAACUUGUGCUCGUUGUGAGAAAACAGUCUAUCCCAUCGAGGAGCUGAAGUGCUUGGAUAAGACGUGGCACAAACAGUGCUUUAAAUGUCAGGGAUGUGGUAUGACAUUGAAUAUGAGAACUUACAAGGGGUUCAACAAGCAGCCGUAUUGCGAGGCUCACAUACCAAAAGCAAAGGCAACGACAAUGGCUGAGACACCGGAACUGAAACGUAUAGCUGAGAAUACGAAGAUUCAAAGCAACGUUAAAUAUCACGCAGAAUUUGAAAAGGCCAAGGGGAAGUUUACCCAGGUUGCAGAUGACCCAGAAACUCUCAGGAUCAAACAGAACAGCAAAAUUAUAUCAAACGUUGUUUACCACGGUGAAUUACAGAAGAAAGCGAUCAUGGAACAGAAAAGAAAGACCACUGGUGAAAACGGAGAACAAAUAGAGUACGUAACAGAGUACGAUGAGGUUCCACCAGCACCUGUAGCCUUAAAUGCGAAUCCUGUGCAUCCACCGUCCUCGAGUUCUCCAGUGCAUAGAGCACCGGGAAGGAUCGCUGAUUACGAUCCGUUAAACGAAGCCACCCCGAGUCCCUACUCGGCUAGGCAAGCUGCUACAACGGUUAUAUACACAAGUGAUAAGGGCGCAGUUACGAAUCCUCCGACUCGUAAAAUUGGUUCAGUCGCGGACAUAGAUCCCGUCAAUGAAUAUUAUGGAUCUCUGACACCUGGUUCAAACAACAACCAUGUCCCCCAAAAUCAACCGCCUCCAUCGGGAACUGCUAACAGCGGGCGUGUCUAUAGAGCCAUGUAUGAUUACGAAGCGCAAGAUUCCGACGAGGUGAGCUUUUGCGACGGAGAUUUAAUAAUAAAUUGCACGGCAAUCGACGAAGGUUGGAUGACUGGAUUAGUUCAACGUACGGGUCGUCAUGGUAUGCUGCCUGCGAAUUAUGUUGAACCUGCACAAAUAUAAUAAAUAUAUUGAUAUAAAAUAAUAAUUAAAAUACUAUACCCCGUAAUAUACCUUCAUGAAUAUCUACGCGUAUAUAUAUGCAUAACCCCAUUGAUUCAAAGCCUUGAAAUUGAGGAAGAAAAUUAAUGAUAAGCAAAAAAAAAUAUUCUUAUCCAACGGUAAGAUUCUCGGAAAUACCAGAUCGCUAUUUUUUCCCUCGUUUCCGAUCAUAGUUCUUCCAUCUCACAGGCAUAUCUUAUCUAACAGCUAAAUUAAUCACUUGAUUAAUUAACAAUUAAACAAAUCUUGGGACCAAAUCGAGCUUUUACUAUAAACUUGAAUAAGAUAUAUAUUUAAGAUUCCUAUAAAGAUUUGUGUAACGCGGGUGAAGGCAUGAAGUUGAACGAAGGAGUGAAAAAAGGACUUUCUAGAAACAGCCACUUAUAUAAAUCUGACGAUCUUGCCCAAUUACUUUUCAUGUAAGAAAAAAUAUUACAUAUCAUUCCAUAACCAUGCUUGUAAUUUUUGAUUCGGGUUUCGUAUACGCCUGUACAUACUAGGAAUCAAGCGUAUUUACAUACCUGGUAUGAAUAGGCGUAUAUGAAACCUGAAUCAAGCACGAAGCUCACCUAUAAAAGAUACCCGAAUCAUUUUUUUGAAACAAUCAAAAAAAACAAAAUCAUCGAUCAUCGCAUGUCUACAAAACCUUUAAAUCAGGGGUGCCUAAUCCGUACUUAAUAUAAUUUCAAGAAUCAUUCAAUUAUAUAGAUAAUCUUUCCAUUUUUCUUAGUCUACUUUCCUCAUUUCUAAAUUUAUGAGAUCAGCGCGAAGAUCGAAUCUUCGACGGACUAGGACAGUUUCUACCCCCUUCUUUUCCUUCCCCUGUCGAUGAUACGCAUGCAGUAAUAUUCGAAGGGUUCAUAAUACUAUCAAUAUGCGAAGGAUUAGUAUAAUAAUAGCGUUUUUAAAUUACAUCCGAAGGACCUGAUGACCGACGAGGGUUGGUCCUCCAUAUGCAUACGUGUAUCUGAAAAUGAAUACAUGUAUGCAUGUACCUAUAUAUUUAUGAUGAAUAAUGAAUAUGUGUUUAUAUAGUACAUAUGUAUAUCAUUAUUAUGAAUUUUGUUUGUUAACUUUUAUAAUUGAAAAACUUACGGAGAUUUUACCUAUUGUCUCAUAUACCUACGUAUUCUAGCGAUUGUUGGACAUUACAUUACGCGUAUAGGUCCGCGUAAUUUUAAUUAUAUCCGUCGAGAAUCGCACGACGGAAUGGCCUAGAGCGAUUUAUGAGCAGUGAUGUUAAGUGUUGAAUGGUUACUUGGGUAUACCGUGAAGCUAGGAGACUAUUAUUAUUAUUAUUAUUAUUAUUAUUAUUAUUAUUAUUGCAUCUUGUCUGUCAAGAAGUUAUCAUAUAUAAAUAUACGCAUAUAUGUUAUGACUCUUUUUUUCUAAUAAACUACUAUUGAAUAAUUGUAAUUAUAUAUUGUAUCGAUGAUGAUUUCGAUGUGAACAUUUAAUUAAGAUAGUAGUUUCAUCAUUGUCAAAGAUACUUAUAAUUGAUGGAUCAUACAUAAAAAUUGAACGAAAAUAGAAAAAAUGGAAGAAAAUAAAAAUACAUGAAUAAUAUUGAAAUAAUAAUUACCUAAUAAAACAACUACAUAUAUUACGAUAGUAUAAUAUGUUGUGUUUCUCAGAAGAAUAAUAUUAUAUUUUAAUCAUAAAUAUAUGAAAAAUAUAAAAUAAUUAAAAAGUU